AUGGCAGAGAUUCUCGCACAUCUCACUUCGGCGUCAUCUGAACUUCGUGCAAUAAAUAAUACGCGCGAUGAAAGAUAUGACACACAAAUCCGUGACCUGGUUGCAUACAUUAAGAAUUGCGAUAAGGAUCUUGACACUCAAUAUCUCCUAGAUAACCUCGAUCCGUCACAGCACACGUUAUGCUACCUUUUGAUUCUCAAUAUUCAAGUCGACAGUCUACAAAAGCGGACAAAAGAAAGUGUGCCAGACGAAAUCAAGCCAGGGAAUGAUUUAUGGGCUAGAGUGGCCUAUUUUCUUCAACAUUUUGAUCCAAUCCAGGUCAGGUAUGCUGGCUAUGAGUGGCGCCGACUUGUUGAACUCCUGGCACAUGCUGCUGAAGUUACUGCGAAGCCGUUCCUAGCGGUCCAAGUGAUAAAGGAGGCAUUGCUUCGACUAAACUCACCUGGUGUCCUUACAUCAUUGCAUGUUACGUUCCUCAGACUUACUCUCCUUUCCAAGUCUUAUCAUCAUGCUUUACCGGUUAUGGAAAGAUGGGUUUUCCAGUUUCCUACCAGUUCAGUCCAAGCCUACCGCAAGCAUAUCAGUCGUCCGUUGUGUUCCGAAGACACUUUCGGCGAUACGUUCAUCUCCGAUGCAUCUGGCUUCUCUGCAAAGCUGACAUACAGAGAUCAUAUGAGAUUUUUCCUGUAUGGCGCAAUGAUUUACCUGGCAUUAAAGGAAUGGGAUAAGGCGUUACAUUGGUUAAGCAUUGUCAUAUCGUCUCCUGUCAAUGACUCUGUCAGCAAAAUAAUGAUCGAAGGCUAUAAGAAGUGGAUAUUAGCUAGCUUGCUGGCGCACGGAAAGUUGAUCUCAUCGCCUAGAGUGAUCUCUGCACACGUUUCGAAAGUAUAUCAAACGUUAACAAAACCCUACGCAUCCUUGGUCGACGCUUUUGAGAGGGGCGACUAUCCAAGGUUGAGAGCUGAGAUCGACAUUGGUCGGUCAGUUUGGCGUACUGACAAUAAUGAGGGCCUAGUCUCUCAGCUGUUCUACGCUUACAAUUCGUUUCUUGUUAUCAAGCUAGGCAGGACUUUCUCGGCUCUCACUGCAGCGGAUGUGGCACAACGCACGCUUGCACCAUUGGCAUUUUCUGCAAAUAUCGAAGACUUCGUGGCGUUGCUCGUAAUGUCUGGCACCCUCAGCGCUACGCUAGUGCAUCUGCAUGGUCAAGCAGAUGCAACAAUGCUUCGGUUUUUUGCGCGCCGUGAAUCGUACCUCAAUAGUGAAAUACUGAUGCGAACACGAUUGGUCGAAGAGGCUCGGGUACUAGGACUAAUAACGAAAGAUGCUAACCAAUGUAGCAGUGAGUUGCAGCUGGGAAAUGAAAGUCUUCAAGUCUUAUCUAGAAAUCAGAGGUGGCCUGAUGCUUCAAGGGUCAGUGGCGAUGCUGUUGGAGAACUAAAUGGUGGUCUGGAAAUUGAUGAAGACAUCAUGGGAGAUGGUACCUGA